AUGGAAUUUUUCCACAUCGAGAGGGUGCUCUCCCGAAACCCGCCCUUUGGUCAGAAGAUUGUGCGCAGCUUGGCGCACUUCCCGCGCCUCGUACUCGCUGUCGAUAUAGCCAAACGAGACGAGGGUCCGGAACGUAGUAUCAUCGUCCGCGCCAUACUGGGCUGUUCGAAUCGCGAGGCCCCCGUUUGGAAAGGGACGGCCCCAUGGGUCACUUUGGCUGCCGAGACCUCGGAUGGCCGAUUGGUCUUUUUCUGGAAGGGAAAAGUCAAAAGCCUGAUGCCGAGCAAAGACCUUGUGUUCCCUGUCAAGGCAGCGAAGGGCGAGAAGGUGUUCAUCUGGGCGAGUUGCGAAGAGAUUGCUGGGACUUAUGUGACGGGCGAGGUAACCGUCUAG